AUGCAUGUCGGAAACCUCAACGGAUUGGAGGAAAAGGACGUCCGCAAGACGGGUCUACGAUACAACGAGAAGGAUGAAGCUUACGUCCUCACCUACAAGGCAAUUGGAGCAAUCGAGCAACUGAAGGACGUCGACAUGCCCCCUCCCGUGCCGGGCAGUCCGCCAAAGCAAGAGAGCCUUGGUCCGCAAGACAUUGUCGAGGACGUACAUGUGGCUUCAAACACUCCCACCCAGGGCCUUCCGCAAAACAUUGUCGACAUGCCCCCUCCCGACCUGGCCAGCCCGCCCACUCGGCCACCACCCACCUCCUUUCGCUGUCGUUCACCGCUGCAGCUGGUGCCUCCCCCCAAGAUCAAAGUCUUGGUGCAGAAAGAGGGCCGCUUCUACUACUCCGUCUUUGGCGGCGAUGCGCGGAAGCCAGUGCGGAAGCCCAGGCAGCACCGCGCCAAGAGCAAGCGGGGGCUCGUCCGUUUUGCUCUCUCGCCCGAGCCGUCGUCUAGCGGCCACGGCGACCGGGAAGACGGCGGCAGCGGGGACGACUAG